AUGUCAUUCAGAUUAUUAGGAUAUAGUGCUAAAAUUGCACUCCCUGUUGCUAGACGUGUGGUUUCAAGAAGCUGCCUUAGAAGAGGGGUAAGCCCAAGUAUAAGAACAUUGACAAGUACUUCAAAUGCUUGGAACCAACAUAGACAAAAUGUAAGCAAUAUUCUUUCAUCUGAAUUGAAAAUCGAACAAGAGGCAUUUUCAGAGCAGGAACAAUUGCCUGAAGCAUUGACUUCGUUUCUCACGAAGAACAAAUUCAAAAUUAUUGAAACACCAGGGAAGAACGAGGCCCAAAUAACAAAAACCAAUGGUGAAACCAAAGAAACAAUCAACGUAGUUUUUGAUGUAGCUCAAAUUGCCAAUUUGCCAUAUGAUACUGCUAUCAAUGAGCAAACAAUGACACAAGAAAACGAAGAAGAAGAUUUUGACGAGUCUUUCGCUGACAACUUUGCCAACGUCAAUGUUAUUGUUACAAAAGAUGGCAAUAGUUCAACAUUAUCCUUCGAGCUUUUAUUAAACUUACAAGAAGGUACGUUCUAUGUCGAUAGCGUUACUCCAUACAAAUCUACAAAGGAUGCUACCGAUCAAUCUGCCGAAGCCCAAAUGAAUAGGGAAUUACUAUAUCACGGUCCCCCAUUUUCAAACUUAGAUGAGGAAUUACAAGAAUCUUUGGAGUUAUACUUGGAAAACAGAGGGAUUAAUCAAGAGUUGGCCUCCUUUAUUACUUCCUACUCUGAGUUUAAAGAAAAUAAUGAAUAUAUUGAUUGGUUGUCAAAAAUGAAAUCUUUCUUCAACUGA